CCUUUUCUCAAAGCAUUUCCAUUUGUUAGUUAACAUUUCUUGGUGCAAGCUUUUUCAGUACAUUUUUCAGUUACUUUUUCAGUGCUUUCAAACAGUGAUGGGCCAUUCCAAAAUGUGGUGGGGACAUGUCCCCAGUGUAAAUGACACCUACACAUACAACUAACUGACAUAUAGUGGACCUGGGAGUUUUUGGGACCACCAGUGGCCUUGGCCCCAAGACGUUGCCCAUUUUGAAUGAACAGGCACGGAAAGUCAGUGUUUCAUGUCAAAGUAAAAACCCCAUACAUUGCUGGCUUAUGUUUUGAGGUUCAUGUAUGAUAGUGGGGGGAAUAAUAGGCUACUAAAUUAUGUUCAGUUUAAUUGGGUAAACUUACUAAUUGUAAUUUGGGUUGGAUCCAUACUUGCAACCUUUGGCAGGGAGCCUGUGCAACCGCCACAGGAGAGGUUUUCCUGACCUGCAUCUCACUUUGUGGCACGAUGGUUUGUACAUAGGUGCUUCCAGCUUGCCAGACAGUCAUCGCCGUGUCCAAUUACUGCCACAGCGCAUCCUCCCAAGAAAGUUAACGGGGUGGAUCCAGAGGCAACCCGUGCCUGCAGUUACGCGUUGAUACCCCUUUAAAAGGCUCACCAUGUUGCCAUCACAUGCUCCAGCACAGAAGUAGGAUGAGGAUGUUCUUCUUGUUGUUGUUGUUAUGUAAAACAUGUUUCUUAUGUAGUCUGUCGUUUUAAAUGAGCCCGGAGAGACUUCUGCUGGGGAUUUCUUCACUUUGCGUGGCAGGAGGGGGCCCAGCCCAGCCCAGCCUGCCUGUCAGCGCUGCAGCCAGUCAGUCAGUCAGUCAUGUUGUGCUGCUAGUUGUUGUUCAGUAGCACCGACUGGUGCGCAAACUGAAAGCUGCGUACAGUGUUAAUGCCAAGUGACGGAUAUAAGCGACGUGUUUGCGGGCUGCUGGCUGAGUCUCCGGCAGCAACACUCAAGGUUUUGCAGCCGUGUCGGCGUUGGAGGAGCGGAUGGGAUAGAAAAAAAACAUCCUGAGCAAACCCCGCACGUCUCGGAAAGGAGUGUUGCCUCUUCUUGCUAGAAGAGAGUUGUUUGCUCUGUCUCUUCUCUCCUCUCGUCGAUUUUUUUAAAAAAGGGUUUCCCUCGAGUGGAGUGGGGAAACAUCGGCGACAUUCGUGUUUAUUUCCUCGAGUUGAGCUGCAUCGGUUUACCCGUCGGGCUAUUGACUUGCCUUACCUAGCCAUUUGGAAAACAGGGUGCCCGGGCUGGCUCCUCGCACCAUUGAAAAUUAGACGAGAUAGUGCCUGCCACACGGAGCUACAGUACGAGGUGCAGAAGAAUCGCUUGCAGUCUUCUCCUGCUUUCCUGUCUACGGCAACGAUAUAAUGUUUACACAACGAGGACAUUCAUUUGGCGAAUUUGAACUAGCCCUGAGAUAAGCCCCGUGAAGAAGCAUGUGAUGACUCACGCAAGGCAGAAGGGUUUCCUCAGGCAGAGCGACAGUAGUGCUGAGUGGUGGGACAACUCCCCCCUUUGGCCACAUGGUGGCAUUAUGGGUGGCGCCUGGCCUGAGCGCUCACUACGAUUCGGAAGGACAAAGAAGAUACGUGAGAUCAUCAAACAAAGGAAAGGCAUGACCAAGAGGAUGAAUGAGAAGAGAGAGAGGACAGAAAAAUCUGAUCAGAACAGAAAACUCGACCGGAGGCGUGACAAGAAACGGGACAGGAAGUUGUAUCCUUUGCGGGGUAGGACUGGGGUUUCAGAUGGGGAGGGGCUCAGCUGCCAUGUCCUGCUUACCCGAUUGGAGGAAAGCCUCCGUGAAAAGGAGAAAUCUGCAGAAAGGGAGCAAAAGGAUAAACGGCGACAUUCAUCUCUCAAAGCCAAACCCAAAAAAGGGAAAAGCAGUGAAAGAAAGCAGACAAAGUCAUUACCAAAAACCAAAUCAAAGUCAAACAGCCCAAGUCAUGACGAGAGUAUUCAUGUCCCACAACCUCGCAAGCGUAGGCUGGCCUCUCUAAAUGCUGAGGCAGUGAACAGUCUACUACUUGAAAGAGCUACUGACCUUCAGCCGGCAGCCAAGCAGGCCAGGAGACAGGAAGAGCCUGCAAAUGGAGAGAUAUCCCUGGAUGCAGAUCCAGCCAGGAGUGGUGUCCCUGGAGGUCUGAAGGCUUCACGAAGAAACCUCAGUAAAGCUGCCAUGUCUCACAAACUUCAACUGUGCCAAAGCUCUAAGAAGGUCAAGAAGGCCAAAGCUAACCGACAAGAGCGCGGGUGGGUGAGUCAGGAGAGUCUGGAUGCCCCGACCCCAAGAAGAUUGGCUGGACUCAACGCUGCAGCCCUGCUGAAGUUAACCAGCUCCUCUGCUACCAGUAAACCAAGAGUAAAGGUUACACCGACAGCUACCGUCACAUCAGACUGCAUGGCUCCUGCUGCGGUCUCAACCCCAAAACAGCACUCCAGAGUCAAAUUCAAACACAAGGGGUACUCACAAAAGCGGAAGGGAAAAAAUGACCCUCCCCUGCAUAGUUGCAGCACAGCCUGCAAGAAGAAGGCAGACUUUGAGCCCAAAGUGGAGUGGGAGGCCGGCAGCUGCACCCAUCGACUGACCAAACCAGGCUACCAGUCACGCAGCAUGCUAGCGUACCCACUAAAGCAAGUGAAGGAAGAGCAGCUGGAGACUGAGCUGAGCCCAUACUACUGCUGUCCCCCAGAGGGCUCAGUGGAAUACUGCCACCGCUUGGCCUUCUUCCUGGGCCAGCAGCCCUAUGGAGAAUCAGAGGAUCAGCCACUUAACUCAUCCAUGACCCCUGUGAAGCACGAGUGCCUCGUAACCUCACCGUCUUUGACGCAUUCCCACUCGCACACAGCUCUGACCCUCAGUCCCCACCCCUGCCUCUGCACCGCAGACCACUGCUUCUCCAGCUACUACGUUCACAUUGCCCACCCAACACACACUGGAAAAACGUCAGCAAGCCUAGCCCCGCAACCUCUGAACUUUGCCCCCUCUAGUUUAUGCCCUAAUCGGAUGACUGGCUCCAAGCUGCUGGGACCACGGUUGUCCCACCCCGCCUACUGCAACUCGGUGGCUUCGCCCUGUUACGGUGACGCCUGUGGGAUCGGGGGCUACACGUACAGAGCCAUGCCUCCUGUCACCAGCAGGGGUUGUUCUUUCAGCACAGGAUGCACUGGAUGCACACACAGCAUCAAAACAGAGGGUUACUCCUCCCCUCAGGGUGACCACAGCCCCUCCCUUCUGGUUCCCCCCUCCUUGCCCAUGUCCAGCUGCCCUCUGUCCAACGUGCCCACUUCCACCCAGACUAAACCGCACCUGCUGACCCCCCUGUCGGGACGAGACCAGCCCCCGGCCAGGUUAAAGCUGGCCAGGGAAUGCCCACAGAGCACCAAGCCCUCCAUCGGCUCCCUGUCCAUGGGCCGCACACGGCUGCCACAGAAACAGCCGCCGCCCUUGCCAAGCCUCAGCAGCACCAAACAAAAGAGAGUCAGCCGCAGACGUGCCACCAACGGUUGGCGGCCUGUUGGAAUGCCCACAGAGAGGGAGGUCUUUAUUGCGGGAGAGGAUGAGACGGCCCUGCGGCAGUGUUAUGAAGGAGUCGAGAGAGACGGUGAAGUGAUACAUGUCAGAGACACUGUGCUGCUACGAUCGGGCCCCAGGAAAAAAUCCCUCCCAUAUGUUGCCAAGAUAUCAGCGCUGUGGGAGGACCCCAAAACAGGAGAACUGAUGAUGAGUCUUUUCUGGUACUACCGGCCUGAGCACACCCAGGGAGGCCGAGAUCCCAGCACACACUGUGAGAAUGAGAUUUUCGCCUCUCGGCAUCAGGAUGAAAAUAGUGUGGCCUGCAUAGAAGACAGAUGCUAUGUUCUCCCACUAGCCCAGUACUGUAGAUUUUGUGCCUUGGUGAAGCGGCGUGCUGAAGGCGCCCCACCUGGCAGUGCCAGCAUGGUGCCCUGCCGCCCCGACUUCGCCCCCCCUUCCCACCGCUGUGUGCCCACAGACGUCGACCCCGAGCUGGUGUAUCUCUGCCGGCACGUCUACGACUUCCGCUAUGGACGCAUCCUGAAGAACCUGCAGUAGAGGGUAGAAGGGGUGUCGCACCCAUGAAUUAAUCACAACAUAGCUCGUCCUCCUGUACAGAGGUGGGGAGUGCUGAAGGACUGAACACCCCUGUCUUUUCUGCUGGGGACUCUCAUGAUCAGAGGGAAGGGGGAGGGGCCUGUUUUGGAGAGGGACAGAAGUGUUUGAGACACAUUAUGAAGCACAGAUCCCUUUAGUUGACUAAAGGGGGGUUACAACGUGAUCGAUGAAUCCAUCUCAGUCAGAGCACCAAUGUUUUCUGGUUUGGAAGAGCGAUGAAGACAGAAUUCAUUCAUCAGCUUGGAUUUUUUAGCUUCCACAACACUCUGAGGUUACAUGGAUUCUUGUGUGCCCCCCCACCCCCACCGCCAGGAAUGCCAAACAUCAGGCUGAACUGGGCUACUGUCAAGACCGCGUUUCCCCCAAAGCAUCUUAGCACAACAAUCAUGUUUGUUCCAUUUGUAAGCCAGUGGCUCAGGAAUGGUCCGGCGCUAAGGUGCUUCCGGGGAACACAAGGCUGCACUGUCAGCUCAAUGUUAACGCUGUUCAACCAGCCAGGGUGAAGGAGCAGCUAAUGGAGAGUGUCGUCUUAUUUCUCCUGAUUUGAGUUUGUCUCAGUAGUGUGUUUGUGCGUGUGUGUUUGUGUUGUGUGAAACUCAGAGUGUUGUUAGUGUGGAUAAAUGGAUAAAUGUGGGUAUGUGUGAUGGUUUUUUAGCAGGCAUUCAGGCAAUCAAACCAAACAAGCAGCUUUAGAGGAAGCGGAGCUCUCUCUCCCAGUCCUCUCUCCUGUGUGCCACAGCGCACUGACACUGACAGAUACAUUUUCAUCUCACGCGAUGCUCUGUGCAAACUAAAAUACUGUACCUAAAGGGGGUUUGUGAGACCGAUCUUUCCUUAACAAACUCCACUCUAGAGCAGGGCCCUUUCACUUCAAGUCAGGACACUAAAAGUGGCUCUAAACUGAUUUUAUUAGAUGAUUUAACAAAAGACAAAAGCCCCAGUGGAUUUUCAAACUAACUUCCAUCUUUUCAAGCCACAGUCCUGGCUUGAAGAAGCCUUGUUUUAGAGAGGCUUUUUUCUAAGGGUCCAAUAGGGAGAUCCCUUACUGAGGAGCUGAGACGCUUCUAUCAAGACCAUCGUUAAUUGUUUAUUUGUUUGUUUUUCCUUACAUUUUCCCUGUGACUUGCCUUAUGACUUGCAGGUAGAGCUUUAGGCAGCUAGUCUCACCACAUACAACUAUGUGGUAGAACAGGUGUACUGUAGUCCCAAGAAAAAGGAUUUUGUUGCCUGAUUGACUGACUGGAGUGACUGACAGCUAUGACAUGAUCACUGGACAAAAUGCACUGGUUUAGGGCUGCCACCAAUGACUAUUUUCAUUAUCGAUUAAUCGUUUAGCUAGUAACGUGACAAAAUAGUUAGAAAUGUCCCAUUUCAUUUACUCACAGUGACUGAUUUUUUAUCCUGUUUUGUUUAACCAAUAGUCUAGACUAUCUACUAUCUUGUAUGACAAAGACAAAAAUUUGAGAAGCUAGAACCAUGAAAUGUUUGACUUAAAGCAUUAUACGAUUAUCAAAAUAGUUUCAGUCGAUCGACUAAUCAGUGAAUUGACUCAUUGUUGCAGCUCUACACUGGUUAGAAACACGGUGCACUUUUCAUGUCAUCGAUCUGCUGUGCUAUAGCUGCUCGCGUUGCGUGCCAAAACGUCGCAAUGUCCCGGAAAAUGUCUAUUCUGCCCGUUUCAGCUCUACAUCCACACCAAGUUUUUCUUCCUCCCCCUCCUCCCCCUGAAGAUAAACCAAAGGAUGUCACACAAGCCAGAGCCCCCGUCCCCUCCCUCGCACUUCUUCUCCUUGUCAGCACUUCUGCCCUUGUUCCCUUAUUAUAUUGCACUAAUUCAUUCCUUAAUUACAACAAACGUGUUCAACUCUUUUUUUUUUUUUUGUUCCAGCUACUAAUAUCUUACCGGAGGGAACAUACUGUGUAUCAUUUGUGUGUGUUUUUUGUAGAGAAGGAAACAGUAAGGAUGUCAUGGCUGCUUUUGUCAGUGCAAACUGUAUAUUUUUAUUGUUUGACCGUUAGAGGACUCGGCCAGCCUGUUCGUCAUGUUACCUGAUGCACAGCCUGUUGAAUCCCAUGGAUAUAUAUAUAUAUAUAUAUAUAUUACUAGUCAUUCCAUUUGAUUUAUCAAUCAGCUCUGACAUACUUAUAUAAAUAUACAGUAUAUAUAUAUAUAUAUGUAUGUAUGCACACUGUUAAUGUGGUUAGAUGGAGGCUGGACAAACGUAGCACCAUGUUAGACAUGUAUUUGGAUUGAAGGGGGGGUUGUGGGUGGGAAUGCAUGGGAGGGUGUUUGAUACUUAAUUGAGUUGUGGUUGAUUUCAGACCGCACUCAUUCAUUGCCUUUUAACCUGCAAGUGUUAUACUGUCACUCAGAAAAAUGAGUAGUGUCUGAGUGUGUGUACCUUUUUAAAAAAACAUAAAGAGUACCCGAUUGCUUUCCUAAACAGCACACGCCCUGUUCUUCAGCAUUGGAUAAGCCGUAAAAGUUUUCAACACUAUAAAGCCAUCUUUAACUUUUUCUCUAUUUGAGCAGCAUGACUCUUAACCCAAAACAAAGUCAAAUCCUGAUCAUUGGGUUUUUUAUUUCUAUUAAUACCCAGAUUCUUCAAAGAGAUAAUAUAUAUUCUCCUACUUUACAAUUUCUCCUUAUUAAGAAUAUUUUAUUAUGUCGAUUUCCUAAGAUGGCAUAUGCAAUAUAUUUUUAGACUUACUAUUUUUGGAAAAUGAACUUAACAAAUCAAGAAAAGAAUAUGCAUUAUCUUUUUUUUUUUCAAAUUAGUUUGAAGUCAUCACAGCAUUAAUUGAGAUUUGACCAAAUGAAAGAAAGAGGAGAAUGAAGGGAUUUGAUGCCGUCAUAUGAUCUAAGGUUGUAGAUAAUGGGCAGUGAGAAACUCCCUUCCAGGCAAUUUCUAAUGAAGUGUACAUAUCUGAACCCAGGAAGCACCGGGCACUCUUUAAACAAGCAGACAGCCAAUGCACAUUGUAGUAUUUUUGCAAGAUCUGUGAUAAUUAUAUUUAAAGUAAGAAAAAAAAAUAUUUAAAUGGAUUAAAUGAUACAAUAUAUUAAGAUUUCAAUUUAACUUAUUUGGAAAUACUGUGUCUAAUUGAUUAACUAUAUCUUGUUUCUGUGUGCUCCAGGAUGGAAAUGAGUUCUGUUUAUUUGUCAUUUAUAAGUUUAGAAAUUAAAUGAUUGAGUGGCGGUUGUUGACAGAAAUGCUAAUGUUGUUUAGUUUCUAUCGUUUAGUUGUGAAGGGGUGGAGAUCAGACCAAAGCACACCCUGGCAGACGCAAAAGCAGAAGUGGCCGCGAAUCACAGACACAGAUUUGAUCAGAUUUCCCUUUUGAGAUACUUGAAAAGUCAGAUCUGACCUGUGGGAAGAGACGACUUCAAGCUCUCCCUGCCUAACCUGACCGACCUUAAGUGUGACGUUUGGGAGAAUGCCUUGGCAACAUGGUCACCUGAGCUUUUAUUGAUUCGUCCUAUUAGGGGAGAGACGGAGACAGUGCGUCUGAGACAGGACAGGACGUCAUCUGGGCUCCAGGUAGAAGAUCCCCCUCAGGCUCUGAUUUAAGAUCAGUUUGCCUUCUCUAAAUUCAGCCAAAUAUUAUAGCGGGUUUUCAGUAAUUGUCAGCAAAUUAGAUUAUUAAAUAUUGAGGUGCUCAAGUCUAUCAGCACCAAAAGAGCUAGUGCCUGGGACUGGCUCACUCAUUCAGUGGCUGUUAUAAUAUGCCUAACUGUUGAAAAAAAUAUUUGGAAAAAUGGUUGUAUUUUCCCUAUUAUGUUAUGUUUGCCAUAAAUUUCAUUUUGAGAUAUUGAGGGUGAGGAUAUUGCAGUUUUUUUAUAAGUGAAGGGGGUGUCCAAAGAAAAUAUGAAUAUUGCUGUGUAGGGCCUUUUUAGAAAAUAAUAAUAAUGUCAAAUUUUGCCCACCUCCCCACCCCAAUCAUUUUGAUACAGUCCCUUAUUCAAGUCAUUAAAAAUACAAGGUUUUCAUGAGGGCUGAGAGGAAAUUAUUGAGUAGAUCAAACUGAGGAUUUGCUUAACAGCCUAACCCUCCAAACAUGGAAUUGGCUGACCACCGUUGCCUUUCUCCCAGAUGGGCAUUGACCGCGUUUGUCCCCUAGAGGGCAGGAAUCCUAUAUGUGCGCAACAGUCUCAUGGCCACAUCCCAAACUGUUAAACAGCUUCCUCUGCUUGUCCUCUUUCCUUACAGCCUUGUGUUUUGGCUUUUGAGAAUGAAAAGGAGACCGGAGACAGGAGAAGCAGCCAUGAUUCACCCUCCCAAGUGCUGGCCAGCCCUGCAACGAGCAUCGACUAGAUUGUUAUGUUGUUAUAUAUGUGACUCAAUUUCCCUAGCAGCUUUGCAUGGACAUAGUUGCAUCCUUCGUCACCAUGACAACAAGACAGGGCCAGCACUCGGGAGAUGUCAAUUUCUGUGUAAGUAGGACGUUCACAGUGGCAAGGGUCAAACACCGAAUGACUGAUGCCACACAGGACGUGUGCUCACUCCAUGAGUCAAAAAACAAAAGGACCCAACCAACUCAUGAGAUUCUGCUUUCUGUGUGGUCUGUAUUGAUGCUUAUUGUCAACAUAUAUUUUGAUAUAUUUGGAGAAAAUGGGGGAUAUACAGUUAAAAGUCUAGAUAUUUUUGGAGUAGGCCUAGAGAAGCAACAUGUGUAUCAGAUUAUUGUCACUUUGUCAUGCUAUCUGAAAAUCUCUUGGAUUUUUUGAAGAAUUAUAUAACAUCCCAACUGAUUUAAUGUUCCAUUGAAAGAAUAUUUAUAAAUUUUAAGUCCUUUGUGAAAAA